AUGGCGUCCGAAAGCGCUUUUAUUGAGCAGCCCGACAUUGACUGUGAAGCUCUCGAUGAGGCCCUCGAUGAGUCUCCUCUGGAACUUUCUGUUUCAGGAGAGAAGCCGCCAGUUCACUCCAACGAGCUGAAGAAGCAGGAGACUGAGAAGGGGAAGGGAAAGGAGAUUGCGGAGAAUGACACUCUGCCUAUGGUUCAUGAGUCCUCGACUGAAGAGGCUGAGGCUGAGAAAGCUUGGAAUGAACAGUCUGGAUUUUCCGAACCUUGGCGUCAACUGCAUCCAGGUGUCUGGAUCCAACUUCUCCCUUAUAAAAAGCCCUCGAAUGGAGAGACCUCAGCUGGAGAGGCCUCGGCUGAGCACACCGGAGCUGAAGAGGUCUUGGACGACAAGGUCUUGGACGACGAGGUCUCGGGCGAAGAUGUCUCGGGCGAAGAGAUCUCCACUGAAGAGGCUUUGGAUGAAGAGGCUGUGGAUGAAGAGGCUUCGACUGACCAGGCCGCGUUUGAACAAACCCUGCCUGGACCGUUCGAGGAUGAAGAUGACUAUGAAGAGUUCACGUAG